AUGACUCGACAGAGUCGUGCUUUCCCGGGAGUUUUUUUUGACCAAAGAUACAACAGACAGUCAGGACUAUGUAGCGGCCCCGAUUUCUGCAAGAAAUUUGCUCUCCGAUCUCUUCCCUUCACCAUUAUGCUUUUGCUCGUUGGUUUUAUCUUGACCAUGGUUGCAAAUUCUGAGAAAUUUUUCUGGGGCCCUGAAGAUGACUGGUGUUGUAAGGAAGAGAGGCUUAAGUCGGAGCGAAAUAUAAAGAAUCGUCAAAUCAUUGGGCAAAUUAUCUUGGCGAUCAGCGGUUUAUCUUUAAUUAUUACCAUAGCGUACAUCCAGAGAAAGAACAAUGCCGGACAAGGUAUAACCAGACCGAACACUGGUCAAGCAGCGGGUUCAACAACUCAGGAAGGAUCGGGCAAUGUGACGACCACCACUCAAUAUCCUAGCCCCAAUGGCUUUGAACAGCCCGCGUAUGGGCAGACACCCGAGUAUCCCUCGGGAUCAGGACCUUAUACUUCAACACCCGCUGAAUAUUCGUCUUUUCCGACGGGUCCAGCUUAUCCUCCAUCGACUCAGUACCCCUAUAAUUCUUCGCAAAGUGGUCCACAGGCACUAUCUCCAACAGAGAUAAAUCCACCCCCAUCGUAUGAAAGUAUUGUUGGCCACAGUAACUGUGCUCCAAGUGCUCCCCCAGAGACGCAAGUUUAUUAA